UUCUAUAAAAUUGUUUUGCAGGCAGUUGACUGGUGGAGUUUAGGUGUCCUGAUGUAUGAACUACUAACUGGAGCGUCCCCUUUCACAGUCGAUGGGGAGCAGCAAGCCCAAGCUGAGAUAAUAGGCAAGACUUACCAAAAUAAAAUGAAUAUACUCUUGCUUAAAGGAACUGAUCGCCUUUCUGUAAUUCGGCUGAUAGAAAAAAUAAUUUUUGAAAAUGGGGAUAGACAAGGUUAGGUUUAAGUGGCUAUUUUCCAUUUAUAAUUCUAUAAUGUAGAUAUGUAAUUUUUCUAUUUCUUUGUAUUUUAUGUGCCCAGAUAGAUCUUAAAUUGCAUGGGGGGAGAGCCCCAUUUUUUAUGUACCCACAGUGCUUAGCAUGGGGCGUGAGCCCCCAUGGCCCGGGCCGGGCAGCAUUGAGUGCCAGGGCCAGUUGGAAUGUGGGUGCAGAGGCUUAUGGGAUGCGGGCAUGGGGACAGUGGCCAUAGAAACAGUGGAAGGUGGGGCACAGAGCAGUUGGGCUCAGAGCCAGUCGGUGCAGAGCCAGUCGGUGCAGAGACGUCGGGCGCAGAGACUCUGGUACAGAGACCUUGGGCCCAACACAGUGGGCGAAGCCUGAGGAUGGAUGAUGCGAGCAGGGAGCUCCUGGAGCUCUUUCUUCACGGCCCCCUCAUCGCGUGGGUCAAAACCUUGGGACCCUUUGAAGGCAGCAACGAUGACAACCUGAGGGUUUACAUGAGUCUGGUCGAUGGCAUCUUUCUUAACCAGAUCAUGGUAGAAAUCGAUCCCAGACCUGGAUAUCAACCCAUCAACCAGCAGGUGAACAAUGAUAUUAACCUCCGGACUGAGAACUUAAGCAUCCUGGUCACAAAUAUCAAGACCUUCUACCAGGUGGGGGCAGCUCUUGGUGUCUCAGGUGUUCUGUGCCCCUGACACCGACUUCACUCAAACAGUUGCUCUUUGCCCCUAGCAAUGCCUUCACUCAAACCUUUCCCCACGGGAAUCCUGGAGGAAAUGGUAUUCACAUUUAGGCAUCUCCUUGCUGAC